CUCUCUCUCUCUUUCUCUCUCUCUCGCUCUAUCCCUCUCUUUCGUCUCUUUCUUUCCUUCUGCCUUUCUCACUGCAACUUACUCACACUUUUGAAAGGGAAAAAAAAAGAACAAUGUCAAUGUACUCUCCAACACAGCAGGAUUUUAACGAGCAAUUCUCACAGACCGGACUCGCGUCCAUGGGAGGAACACCGCACACCACUGUCGGAGCCGUGCCUGUCCGCAAUCAGCAACAACGACACAGUGGGGUGUUUAAUCCUUCGGCAAGUAACAGCUACCAAUUGCACCACCACCAUCAGCACCAGCGACAAAACAGCUUUGGCGCAGCAGCCUCUAUUGCCGUUAGUCCACCCAAUAACGUUGCCGCUGCCGCUGCCGCAGCCGCAGCUGCUGCAGGAGGACGACCCAUAUCAUUUGCCGACCCGAACGCUCAAAACUGGUUCGGAACAAGUUUAGACUCGAAUGGAUCGUCGUUUGGGCAGUCGCCGAUAUUUGGUGGACGGGAUUUAAUCGUAUCGCCGUCCACUUCAACAGGCCAUUUGGAUGGAAGUACAACAGGUGGUGGAUAUCCUGGAGGUGCUGGUGGUGGUGAGGAUGAUGAACUCCAGCAAAGAAACUUGCAAGAAAUGUUUGAGAAACGGCGGCGGCGGCGCGAAUCGCAUAAUGCAGUGGAGAGAAGACGAAGGGAUAAUAUCAAUGAGCGGAUCCACGAACUAUCAACGCUAUUGCCCGAACAUCUGCUGGAAAGCGCACCGACCACCUCAAAUGUAAUGUCCGUUUCUUCCGGCCAAGGCGGAGGCGGAGCAAGCAACAUGAAAGCAAUCAACAAGGGCACGAUUUUAAAGCUUUCUGUGGAUCACAUCAAAGAGCUCAAGGACACGCUGACACAGUACAAGGACCGUGUGGCAGAGUUGGAGCGAUCGAUCGAGUCGGCCAAACAGAACGACAGUGCAAAGGUCAAGGCGGAGGACGGCAGCCAUUCAACGACGGCAUCGCGUGCAAGACACGAGCGGAUUGGAUCGUUGCAGUUCCAGCAACAGUUUGGCAAGUUACAUAUCGAGGACUCAAAGCAGGUGUAAACGAAUCCAGACAAUCAUACUUCCUCUCUUAUCACUCCUACAUACACACUCUUCCACUCCCUUGUGUACCACCAUUACAUCGCCGUUCUCCUGCGAGUCCUUCCACUCCAAAGGUGCCAUUAUAUAGUCAUACCAAGCUUAGUUUUACCCCCCACCCCUCUUUUUCUUUUUCUGUUUUUCUCUUGUUAUUGCUUUUUUCAUAGUGUUUUCUUUCUUGGUACAUACCUUGCAAUCUAACGUAUGUAUAUACUUCUUCUUCUACUCUCUCUUUCUGCCCAUAUCCAUUGUUCAAAUAUACAUCGUGGGAAAGACGACGACGACAUAUCUCAUGCGAAAGUUUAUACGCUAUAAUGAUAACCCACAACAUUCAUAUAUACUCGUCUCAUGUGAACUCUAAGCCUCAAGGCAACACUGUUCCUUGUUCGGUCAUACCACUUUUGAUGUGUGUUCAGCAACUAUGUA